AUGCUAUUAGGAUGCCAAAAGAAGAAGAAGAAAGCUUGCUACUGUAGAUCCUAUCAUUAAUAAAAAGGAUGGAGAAAUAGGAUAUAGCAAUGAUGUCAAUUCUGAAUAUUUUCAGCACUGACCUGAUGCCCCGGAAUAUUACCAUUGCCACAGAUACAAUCCAGCACAUGAAUCUCAUGCCAGUUUAUGGGUUAAAUGUGUAUAGUAUGCUAAAACAUUCUACACUUGUUUUGACUGUGGAUGCAGUACGUCGCUUGGAGGAAAGGAUACUUUAUCACUUGAAUAGGCCAGAUUUGCAUAAGGAGAAUGCAACCCCUUUCAACAAACAGAAUUAAUUUCCAGAAUAAUUUCAAGAUUAGAUACCUUCAUAAACAAUUGGUGUAUAUAGAGAAAGACACACGGCAGUUUAUGUGUUACCAAAUUGUACAGGUAAAUUUAUAAAGAAAAAGGUAGAGUUUAAUAAAUGUUAAAACUUUA